AUGACUACGGCCCACAGACCCACGUUCGACCCCGCGCAAGGAAAGGAAGCCCUGCGCGGGCCUGCAUAUCACCAGCGACUUCUCCCGGCACAUACGUACCUGAAGACCCGUCAACUCGGCCAGGGUAGUGAGCAGGAAUCCCACCAACGCGACUUGCGUGCCGAACUCCUCCAGGCAGAGGCCGCCCAUUUCGCCAAGAAGAACGGUGUCCCAGUGGGCGCACCAGCAGUCGAAAGCGUCGCACCGAAGCACCAGUUAGAAGGAGCUCUGCCUGACGGCAGCGACGCGGGCGGGAUAGACGAAGAAGACAUGGAAGCCAAACGACGGCGAAUAUUAGAAGAGACUCGAGAUAUAGACGCGGACUCAAACGGUUCGGAGGACGAAAGUAGCGAGGAAGACAGUGAUGACGACGAAGACGAGGCCGCCGAGCUGAUGCGGGAACUAGAAAAGAUCAAAAAGGAGAGGCUCGAGCAAAAAGAAAAAGAGGAUCGGGAACGCGCGGCUCAGGAGGAAGAACAACGGGAAGUUGAUAUUGCCAGGGGCAAUCCCCUGCUGAAUCCUCAGGACUUUAACUUGAAACGGAGGUGGGAUGACGAUGUUGUGUUCAAGAACCAAGCCCGAGGCACGGAGAAAAAAGGAGGCGAAUUUGUCAAUGACCUGCUGCGAUCUGACUUUCACAAGCGAUUUAUGUCGAAGUAUGUUCGGUAG